AAUCAAUUCUUGAACAACAGCCAAUUAAUAGGGAUGAAAUUGUCUUCUAAAUAGGGUCUUCAUGAAAAUUCGUCGAUCAGUGGAGUCAGAAAUUACCCUAGAAGCUGCGUGUUUGCAAGCCGAAUGCAGAACUGAUUGCCUCUUUCGAUAGUUUCUGGAGCUCUGAUGGUUCGUUGAAGUCCAUUUCUGGGUUUAGCGACACUUCCACACUCCCAAAAUGAGUUAACCCACGACAGGAUCAAAUUACGGCCAGGAACGAGUCUGUGAGGAGGAAUUUCAAAUCGAGCGCGGAAGGCACGUUGCAUAGUAACAACAAGUGAUCGACCAUUAGAAAAACCUCUCAAUUGCAAAGGCACACUGCUCUCUAGACCAGAGCAUGAUGGCUACAUACUUGAUGGAGGAUAAUUUGGGAACUUCCCCCUUUAGAUGCGACCCCUCCUGCCACUCUUCACAACCAAUUCACCGCACGGGAAUUUUUCAAAUAAAGAACGGAUAUUGGCCGGGACACACAUAUCCGCAGCGAGCCCGAGCCGCGGCACGGCCGAGUGACGGACGUACUACGGCGAGUGAGAAAACAAAUGCUUUCAAACGUGUAGGGACACAUACUACCGCACCGCGUCAGCACCGUCACCGUGUUUGUUGCCCGAGCCGUGCCCGCGCCGUCACCGACUUCAGUUCAGUUUACUUUUCGACGGAGACGGUGCGGGCUCGUUUAACAUGGAGAGUGAAAAACUGACUGAAGAGAUACGGAAUUUCCCAGUUUUGUACGAUCAAAGUGAUGAGAAAUAUGGUUGAACGGAAAAACAAGUUGAACCAAAAGUAAAAGUAUAACCAAAUAAUAAGUUAAGCCAAAGGUAUAAUAGACAUAAUCUGACUAAACUAUUGUGAGCUUGCAUUUUUACUGUAAAAUCCAACAAUAAGUCUCAAUCAUCAAUUAUUGUAAUGAAAAUUAAUUAAAAUUUUGUUUUU